UUUCAUCCAGAUGGCAAAUUCAUUUUAUCGGAUUUCUUCGCUAUAUUUGACUAUCUAUUUCACCUCAAAUUAUGUAGGAUUCUCAAUCGCAUGAUAUACAAGAAUAUGUGUGUAAUAGAGGAGUGUUCCAAAUGAAAUGAGAAACUAGGAGUGGUUGAUUUCUACCCUGACCCUUGCUAGUUGCAAUUGGGCCAGUACGUGAAACGAAGCUGAAACUUGGUUUAUUGAAAUUAUUGAUGACUGUUAUGGCAAGUUUUAGAGCAAAUCCAAAUGACGAAAAUGAACCUUGGUUGGAGAUGGCAGCUUUGGAAGGAUAUGGUUUCAGAGUUUGGCAUAUUAUGGUGUUUGCUGUGACUGGAUUCUUUUCGUUCCUGGUAUUUUUAGCAUUCUGCAUCCGAAUCAGAAUUCCCAGAACCAAACAGGAAAUAGAGGCAGAUUACCACAGGAAAAAACUGGCGGAAAAAUUCAUCGAACGCUUACGACUUAUAGAAAAUCAAGAAAUGGAUACACUUGAUCUCAAAAGAGCAUUAGACAUAAUACAAAAAGAUUAUUUGGAAAAUCAAGAAAACAUCAACUUCAAGUAUGGAAUUUUAACCACUCAAUCAUCGGAUAACUCUGGAAGGGAACUCAAUCAAAACGACCUAUCGACUUCGCCUCGAACUUAAGAGCGAAAAAAGGUUUGCUUAGUUUACUUGGAUCAGUGGUUUCAGGUUGGCAGUGUGACCAUUAGCAUGGGGCGAAUAGUCCCUCAAAAUAGGCUUUUCUGGGUACUUUUUGUUUGACUAACGCUAACUGGCAACUACUGCCACUGACACUGUCAAGAAACCUGUCUUUAGCGUUGGGUUUUCCGGUUUCUGUUUCUUUCUUUCGAAAUAGAAAAGUAGAAUAUUCUCCCGCCAUUGGGGG